AUGCGGCUCUGGCCCCCGGCCCUGCCUGGGCACUGGGGCUCCCACGGCCGGAUCGCAUCCCGGCCCCCGGGCUCUGCCCAGGCCCGGAGCCCCCGGAGACACGGGCGAGCCCCGCGCUGCUGCCGGGCCCGAAGGGGUUACGGGCGGCUCGUCCGGCCCGGCCCGCCCCGCCGCCUGCCCCGGCGGUUCCCGGCUGUUGCCGGCUGUUCCCGGCUGUUUACCUGGCAGCGCCGGCCGGAGGCCGCGCUGACAUCACCGCCGCGCCCCCCCGUCCCCCCGUCCCUCCCUCCGUCCGUCCGUCCGGCCCGCCCGCCGCCGGCCGAGCCUCGCCCGCCGCGGGGCCGCCGCCGCCGCCUUCCCCGUGCUCGGGGCACACGCGGGCCCGGCGCUGCCCACCCACCUGGCUGCCACGUCGCAGCCGCGGGCUGCCCGCGGGCCCCCAUGCUGCCGCUGCCCGCCGCCGGCAGGCCCGGGCCCGGACACCCAGGCCGGCGGCGCAGGUGCUUGCCCCUGCGGGGGCUGCUCCUCCGGCCCGCGGCGGAGCCGCUCUGUGGACGCUUUCUUGGUGCCUUUGGGCAGGGAGCCAAAAAAGGUGGAGAGACGAUGUCCCUGGAAAGGCUGCCGGGCCAGGCGCGGGCCGGGGCCGAGCCGGGGCUGACGCUGCCUCUCACCUCUCCCUCCCCUGACAGCCCCGGCCGCGGGGUCAUAAACCGUGGGGGGAAAAGGCAGCCUAUUAGUAACUCUAUUAAGUCUCCAUUAGUUAGCCCGCUGGCCCCGCACCGCGGCCCCGCUCGCCCCGCACACCCCGCACCGCACCGGGCUCCGCACACCCCGCACACCCCGCACACCCCGCACGCCCCUCAUACCCCUCACACCACGCCCCGCACAUCCCGCACACCCCACACACCCCGCACAUCCCGCACCGCGCUCCGCACGCCCCUCAUACCCCGUACACCCCGUACACCCCGCACACCCCUCACACUGCACCGGGCUCCGCUCGCCCCUCAAACCCCGCACACCCCUCACACCCCGUACACCCCGCACAUCCCGCACGCCCCUCAUACCCCGCACACCCCGCACACCCCGCACAUCCCGCACACCCCGCACAUCCCGCACACCCCACACACCCCGCACAUCCCGCACACCCCGCACAUCCCGCACACCCCGCACGCCCCGCACAUCCCGCACACCCCGCACAUCCCGCACCGCGCUCCGCACGCCCCGCACAUCCCGCACACCCCACACACCCCGCACACCCCGCACACCCCGCACAUCCCGCACACCCCGCACAUCCCGCACACCCCGCACAUCCCGCACACCCCGCACACCCCGCACGCCCCGCACCGCGCUCCGCACGCUCCCCGGCAAAGCGCCGCGGUUCUGUUCUGGCCCUUCUGCGGCUCCGGCCGGGUCGGGCCCACCCCGCCUGCCCUCUCCCGCUACGGGAGGUGCGGGGCCGAGCGGGUCCCCGCUCCCGGGGCACGGCAGCACCGGGACCGCCGGCAGGCGCCGGUGCCGGGGCCGCUGGGGCACCCGGGGGUGCUGGGGGAGCCCGGCCCGGCCCGGCGGAGCUCCAGGUGA